AACAGGCACCUCGAUACUGACUACCGGAGCAAUAACCGCACUCUGCCUCAUUACAACAUGGCAGGCGGCUCGCGCUCUCGAUCGCCUCGUCGUGACGGCCGAUCGGAGGAUGCCGAUGCCCGCCGAGAUCACGAUAGAGCAGGCGACCGAGAUCGACGCGGCGCCGACCGGGAUGGUGAUCGCGACCGAAACCGUGACCGCGAUCGACGUGACAGAGACCGAAACCGAGACCGAGAUAGUGACAGAGACAGGGGUAGAGACAGGCCCCGCCAGCCACGGGGUACGGGCGGCUUUCGAUGGAAAGACAAGCGGUCCGACAACAACCUAGGCGAGGAAGACAACCGUCGCGGCGGAGCUUUGGAACGCGGCUACCGGAACCGGUCGCCACGUCGAGAUCGCGAUCGAGACCGCGACCGUCAAGGGAGAGACGGUCGGGAGGACCGCAGGGACAAUUCAAGGAGAGACCAAGACCGCAGCAGCAGGCCGUCAGCGUCAUCCUCGGCGGCCCCUACAGCUCCUGCACCCUCCGGGGCCGGCGAGGAGAUGAUUGUUGUUCACAUCAACGACCGUCUCGGUACCAAGGCGGCCAUCCCAUGCUUCGCAUCCGACAAAGUUCGCGAGUUCAAAAUCAUGGUUGCUGCCCGCAUCGGACGCGAGCCACAUGAGAUCUUGCUCAAGCGGCAGGGCGAGAGGCCGUUCAAAGAUCAGUUAUCGCUUGAGGACUAUGGCGUGAGCAACGGUGUGCAGCUUGACUUGGAGGUCGACACUGGUGACUGAAGAGCCUUUGUUUUACCAGCUGCUGGCAACGAUGAGGUUGCAUGCGUGCCGCAUAGCUUGGAAGCGUGUGGACUUUGGUGUUUACCCAGCUACCCUUCUGGAUGUCCGAUUGUUUCCGGCAACGAAAUAUUGCCCAGGAAUGGCCUGGACCGGCGCUCAUUCGGUCUUGCAGGUGUUUUACGAUCAGUGUGUCAUGAUGCUGCUUGGAGCAGAGUACGGACUCGGGACGGCGAGAAGCAGCGUCCCUUAUAGUCCCUACGGUAUCAAUUGCAGGCUUUUCCAAAUUCAAUGGGACAAGGUAUCACUUCGUCACACGGCGAACUCUUUUACAGGAAAUUAUGGCUAAUAACGAGUGAAUUUAGACAGUGCAGUCCAACAGAGUGGACCAUACUGUCUGAAGUUUAAGACGCCGUGUAAAUAUUAGAAAGGAAAAACCCGGAAACCCAACCCCCAAGUGACCACCACAAAAAAAAAGCAUUACAAAAUACACUCUAAACCAUUCCUCAUCAUGUCGUACAUGUUAUCUGUUCAGCAGGACAAGCGCAAUCGAAAUCACGGCCUGCCAUUGCCGCCCUUGGAAGACCGAGAUCCGUCCUUCUUGUCUGACGCAGAUCCAUCAUUCAUGGUGCACUCGAUCUCGUGAAUGGUAACCUUCUUGCCGUCGGCCAUCAUCUGGGGGUUGCCGGCUCCGAAUUGCCCGACCUCGUCUCCAUUGGUAUCGAAAGCUUUGCAGCGGAUGGAGUCCGGGUCGUCGAUGCCCCUGAUGGCAACAACGCCGCACCCUAUGACGUUGGGCUGGCGGGCGGGGUCGUCGAACGUCUUCUUGCCAGGGAUGUUGAUGAUGGUGUUUGACGUUGCGGUGUACUCGUCGAUCUGGAAUUGGAUUGUGCCCCCGGGUUGCUCGUCACGUCCUCCCAGAACGAUCUGGGGUGCCGCGGCUGCGAGCGAGAUGAGGAGAGAGAAAAGGAGUGUAGAGAAUUGCAUUUUUUUUUUUUGGGUGUAUUUUUUUUUCUUUUUUUUUUGUGAUUUUAUU